UUUGCCCGCAGCGCCCUCUGGCGGCGGCUCAAUCCUGCAGGAACAGUUUGGCGCCAAAAAGUGUCUCAUCGGAAACGCUUCAUCCACCUGUCCUAGCAGGUAGGUAAUGGCGACGGGCGGAGGAGCAGCUGCUCAGUGGAAAACAACGAUUAUCGUCAGCGCUUCGCUGCAGAGUCAUGAAUUAAUCAGGAUGCUAAACGCUCAGCAGCACCGGAUCCGGUUUUCAGACCGUGUUGAGUCCGGAGUCUUUAUUUUCCCCCUGUCAGGUACUGCAUUCCUGUUGGUUGACUCUGAGGACCUCUCAGGGCCCUCUGAGGACUCAGCACUCACUGAGAGAAUAGAGAAGUUUGUGCAAGUCCACCGCAACUGCUUUUUACUCCUUCAUGCUCCGUUUGACGGGAAAAAGGAGCUGGAGACGUUGGCUGGGAUUCAAACCAGGUUCUUUGGCAGCAGUCUGAGGAUCUUGCCUGUGCGAAACGGUGCUGAAAUUGUUAAAGGGAUGUUGACAAUCGCCAAGGCCACCAGUAAGCCCCAUGUAGACACGAUCCGGGACCGGAUGUCUCUGGCUCGGGCUCACAUCAUUGAAAGCAGUCCUGUGUGGGAGAUGCUAAGAGACGUACUGCAGAGCUCAGCAGGUGAUGCGGCAGGUUUUAUUUGAUGCUAGCACAAGAGCAGAGGCUUCAGCGUGCAGUAUCAGGAGCGUACUCGCUUUAUUCAGCCACACACAGCAAACCAAAUAAAAGCAUCAGAAAGAA